UUUGAAAAUAUCUCAGUAAAAACUCUCUUGGAAAGAAUAUUGUAAAGGAAAGGAAGUGUUCUUAAGAAGAUAAUCGUACGUAUUAAAUUCGAGUUUCAAUGUCUAUAAUAAAAAUAGUCACAUUGGAAGAAGAAAUGAAGAAGAAUCCUCAAUUGAAACUAUCUGAUAUACAAUCAUUGAGAGAGUGGUGCAAGAAACAACCGCACUUGCCAAAAAUUGAGGACAACUUUCUCGCUUUGUUCCUUCACAGCAAUUAUUAUCAAAUAGAACCAACAAAAAACGUAAUCGAGAAUUAUUAUACGAUCAGGACACAUUUACCAGAAAUUUUUUGCAAUCGGGAUCCGCUUGAAGAAAAGGGACUGCAACAAAUCUUCAAACUUGCGGCUGUUUUUCCUCUGAAUGGAUUAACAAAGGAUGGUUAUACGAUGAUAUUUUCAACAUUUCUGGACAGCGAUUCUUCCUUAUAUAACCAUAAUAACGUCGUCAAAUAUGGCUUAAUGUUAUCCGACAUACAUUUCCUGAAUGGUACGAAUGAUGGUUAUAUUUUCAUUGUUGAAGUUAGCAAAUCAUCUUUCGGUCAUGUUAUGCGAUUAAAUCCAUUGGAAAUGAAGAAGCAGCUAUAUUAUCUCCAAGAGGCAAUGCCGAUACGUUUAAAAGCAAUCCAUAUUCUAAACGUAACACCCGCCUUGGAAUUAUGCAUGAACAUUGCAAAACCUUUCAUGAAAAACAAGUUGAUAGAUAUAAUACAUUUUCACUUAUCAUUAGAGAGCAUUUCUGAGUAUAUCCCAGUGGAUGCGUUGCCAAACGAAAUAGGCGGAAAAGCAGGUUCUAUGCACAAGCUAGCUGAAAUUCAAGUGAAGGAAUUUGAAGAUUAUCGCGAGUGGUUUCUGCUGGAUGAAUCAACCAGACGCGUUAAUGAAGCAUUAAGAAUCGGCAAGAGCAAAGCAGCAAAUGAUUGGUUUGGUAUAGAGGGUAAUUUUAAAAAACUUGAUAUAGAUUGA